GUACUUAUGUUUAUGCCUUAGGCACAAACAGUCAUCGUUGAACCUGACCUCUGAUACGCUCCGGCGCCGAAAUAUGCGAAAAGGACAUGCGACAAAUUCACGGCACCAUGCCGUCUCCUAUGACGAAUAUCAUAUUCAAUUGAGCUCCCUGAUAUUCCGCUGGACUGCUGGUAUCGCAGUUGAGGUGUCGCAUCCCACUUGUCGGUACCCCACGCCAGACGUGAGCCAUGCGCAGACUGAGUCAGAGCAGCCUCGAACAACUUUCCGCCUGGGACAAUGAUUGAGCUAGGCUUGAGCAGAAUAUCCCGUCUCCUCCAGCAUACGGUGAUUCCAUGGAGAGCUAUCCAUGUGGCUGGUACGAACGGAAAAGGGUCCACGACUGCAUACCUGUCCGCGCUGCUCACCGCUGGCGGCGUUCGUUGCGGGCGUUUUACUUCUCCCCAUUUGAUCGACCGCUGGGACUGCAUAACUAUCGACGAAAAGGUUGUCCAAGAAUCACUCUUUCGUCAAAUCGAGGAACAGGUCAAGCGACGGGACGAAAGCCUGGGGAUUGGGGCCAGCGAGUUUGAAUUGCUGACGGCGACCGCGUUCGAGAUCUUUAACCAUGAACAAGUCGAAGUUGGGGUGGUGGAGGUGGGAAUGGGAGGUCGUUUGGAUGCAACGAAUAUUCUUAGGGACGUGUUGGUGUCGGUCAUCUGCAAAAUCGGCCUCGAUCACCAGUCCUUGUUGGGGGACUCGAUUGAGAGUAUCACUCGAGAAAAAGCCGGUAUCUUGAAACCCGGUGUCCCUUGUGUCAUCGACGGCACAAAUCUGCCGGAAGCAAUCCGUGUCAUAAAGGACCGAGUCAGAGAACUGGAUAUAGAGUCCGUAUUCGUCAGACCGGAGACAGCGGACGGACUGUCGUCACUGCUUCCUCGUAUGUUUCAAGAGCUCGAUCUUGAGCCUCAUCAACAGGCUAACAUUUGCUGCGCCAUUGCUGCUCUGAAGAUGUGCCUCCCUCGGAUCCGGCCUGAACUCACAGUAGAUGCUCUACUACCGGAGCUCUCGAAAGUCCAAUGGCCAGGCCGCCUACAAACGGUUGCUCUAGACCCUUUGGUUGCUCGUCAGGGACCCGUCCUGUUGGAUGGUGCCCACAAUGCCCAAUCCGCUGAGGUCCUGGGACACCACGUCGAUCGCAAACUACGCCAGACUGGCCGUAAUGUUACUUGGGUUGUCGCAGCAUCUCGCGGGAAAGACCUCAAAGGACUAUUUCAUCCAAUUAUCAAGCCUGGAGAUAACGUCGCGACUGUUGCAUUUGGCCCGGUUGACGGCAUGCCGUGGGUGAAAGCGGUCGAUACAUCUGAACUCAUCACGUCUAUACAAGAUAUCCAAGGAAUUGGAAAGACCAAGAAUUUCGAUACCGACAUCGUUGGAGCCCUCAAUUGGGCGAGUACUACAUCACAAGGCGGUCCGUUGGUGAUAGCGGGCAGUCUCUACUUGGUCUCGGAUGUCCUCCGUCUACUCCGAGAGAGUAAGAAAGAUCUAUAGGAGGAAUAAUUCACCAAAUCUUUAGUAUCCAGUCACCAAACAUGCGCUUGUUUACUCCGUUUGGAAGAGAUGUGAGGUGGCUUUUGUCCUGGCUGGAAUGUGGAACAAGGGAUAUCCCCGCAUAGAAAUAGUGUACAUACUACAAGAUAAAGAAGAGGCUCAAGUCAAGAAUAAUCCCAUUCACUGC